ACCUCCCAUGUUGGCCGUGUCUCCCAAGACCGGAGGGCGGCGGCGGCCGAGCCUGUACGGUGGCGCCGCGCUGCGGGGACUGUGCGAACUGCGGCGGGGUACGGCCGGCCGGCAGCGCGGCGGCUCGGGAUCCGGCGGGCAGACAGCCACGGCAGUGGAGCGGACGCCGUCGCGUGGUCGGAGGCGCAUCUUCCGCGCAGCUGCAGGUCGGACCAGCGCGGCGCAACAGGAUUCUGGUGGUGAACGACACCGCUGCCGCCCGGAUCGAGCCGCGCUGACUGCAGAGGGAGCUGCUCGACUGCUGAGGGAGCUGCUCGGCGCUGACUGCUGAGGGCGCUGCUCGACUGCUGAGGUUGCCGACCGGCGGCCGGCGCGCGAUGUCGGGUGGUAGGUGCGCCGCGGUGUCGGCGCUGCGCGCUGCCUUGCUGCUCCUCUGCUGCCUGCAGCUCUCCAGCACGGCGGCCGGUGAGUCGUGGGGACGGCUGCGGUCGCGCGCGCGGCGCGGCGGCGGCCUGCCGCACUUGUUCCAGCUCAAUGCGCGCACCUACCUCGCCUGUAUGCUGCUCAGUGACGACGAGGCGGGCUCCGACAGCGGCGAGGAGGUCAGAGGGUCGAGUCGGCUGGCAGACCGGAUAGCCAGUCGGCGGCCGGCGAGCAGCCCGCGGCGGACCACCACGCGGAGGCCCGCCCCUGCCGACCCGGCCUUCUGCCCCAGCGGCGUCACCUACUUCGACGGCUGCAACUCGUGCUCCUGCGGCACUGAGCAGCUCUGCACACUCAAGGCCUGCAACGCCGACACCACCGUGCAGAUCUUCGACCCGUGCUCCCGCGUCACGUGCGGCUACCACCAGCGCUGCCAGGCCAUAUGUGUCGGACAGGUGUGCCAGCUGAAGCCGCUCUGCGUGUCAGAUGACAGUCCCGACUGCCACAACUGUCCGUGGCUCUGUGUCGACGAGCGGCUGAACUGCAGCGAUAACUACGGCAGCCGCGGCUGUAAGCCCACGCUGGCCUGCUACAAGCCCAACAUGUAGCGCCCCGGACGCCUCCAGCACCGCCCCGGACGGCUCCUGCCGCCAGGCUGUAUCAGACGGCUCCUGGACCCGGCGCGGUCGGCUUCCAGGACCGCCUCAGACGGCUCCUGGGACACUGUGUCUCAGACGCGGCUCCUGGGACCGCCAGGGACUCCAGACGGCUCAGACGGCUCCUGAACCCGGCGCGGUCGGCUUCCAGGAGCGCCUCAGACGGCUCCAUGGACACUGUGUCUCAGACGCGGCUCCUGGGACCGCCAGGGACUCCAGACGGAUCCUGGGACCACCCGGGGCUCCAGACGGCUCAGACGGCUCCUGGACCCGGCGCGGUCGGCUUCCAGGAGCGCCUCAGACGGCUCCUGGACAGUCCGCCUCAGACGGCUCCGUGGACAGUCUGUCUCAGAUGGCUCCGAAUACAGUCUCAGACGGCUCCUGGACCCGGCGCGGUCGGCUUCCAUGAGCGCCCCAGCGUCUCGCAAAUGUCUCACGCCUGUGCCUAUGAUCGUGCUAGAACGAAGUGGUACAAUAAGUGAAUCACUUCAUUUCGUAUAUUGAACUGUAAAUAUUUCGAGGUGCAGGAACUGAAUAGUUUGAACACGGUGAAGCUGUAGGGUAUUUCGAAGUGUUGCUGACAUUGAGAGGCAUUUGUCUAAGUUGAGGGCAUGCUGACUGCUUCACAUUAAGAAUGGACAUUUAUUUUAAAUAUAGCGACUUUCAUCGA